GCGAAGGGAGGGGUGGGGACGUCGACGUGACUCCUCAGAAGUGAAACGUUUUCUGUUACAACACGGUUGCUUUUUGGUGUUUGUGUUGACAGGGACCCGUCUGCCGACCUUUUGUUGCCACAAACAUGGCCUACAUUAAAAGUGGAUGGCUGCAUCGGCAAAGUACUAUUUUAAAACGAUGGAAGAACAACUGGUUUGACUUGUGGUCGAGUGGUCAUCUCUUUUACUACGAUGAUCAGUUGCGAGUGGACUUGGAAGAUAAAAUCCACAUGAAAGUGGACUGUGUUAACAUCCGAUCUGGAUAUGAGUGCAGAGAUUUCCAGCCUCCAGAAGGAAAGUCUAAAGAUUGUUUACUCCAGAUUGUGUGCAGAGAUGGAAGAACCAUCAAUCUCUGUGCUGAAAGCCCGGAUGAUUCUUUGGCUUGGAAAAUUGCUCUUCAAGAUGCACGGACCAACUCAAACAUUGCUGUCGGUCCUGAAGUUCUCAGAGAAAAUGCUGCUUUUGACUCUGCACCUCCACCAUACACAGCUUAUCCCACAGCACCGGGACAGGUCUAUAGCUAUGAUUCAUACAGUGGUACCUACACUCCACAGACGCCCGCUGCGUCACAACAAGUGAUCUACACAACCAAUGGUCAGCCUUACGCUGUGGCCUAUCAGUAUCCCUACCAAGGUCCUUACCCCCCGGCAACCAAUCAUGUUAUCAUUCAAGACCGGCGACGUGAUGACGGAGACCUGGCACUGGGUAUGGUGGCAGGAGCUGCCACUGGGAUGGCACUGGGAUCAUUGUUCUGGGCAUUCUAACGCUCUGAUCGGCUCAAACAGUCUGCUGCUUCCCUAGACUUCACUUCCUGCCUGGAGCCACUCCUUGCAAUUUGCACCCUUUGUGUAAUUCCUUAGCACAUGCUGCCCUCAGCACUCAUUUACAAUCCACAUUGCACCUUAACCAUGCUGAAACAAUUCCUGAGAUCUGCAGUGAUGUUUCUAUAGCAAAAUGUGUUUAUAAUAUAUAUAUUGCAAGACUAUAAUUAACUUAUUUCAGAAAUGCUAAGAAAAACAAUAUCAUGUGUUUCUCUAAUCCUAAUUUUAUAACUUCCAAAAAUAUUGUUGAUUGUAUAAAAGAAAAGAAUGAUGUAUGCUGGUGUGAUGUGAUGCAACUCCCUUGGGGGCCUCUUUUUUUUUCAAAUUUUGCUUAAGAUGUUAUAAUGAAGACUUUUGCUUAUCCUUGCUGAAGUGUUCCUUUUGGUAUGCAGUUAAAGUUCUUAAUAAUUACAUAAGUUUAAUGUAGAAGUGUGUCUAUUUCACAGAAUCUGAACUGUGCCCAUUCUAGCUGCAGAUAAGACAGGUGGAAAUUGAUGCUCUGGAGUAAAGUGAAGUCUCAGGCUGUGUUACCAGAUUGUUCAAUAGCUAGUUAAGUAGGCUCCUGUAUUUUCACUGAAGUAUUGAAGAGUUACUGCCACAGUCACAAAAUAGGUUUUCAAUGCUCAUUUAUUGGAGUUGGAGGUGUUUGAUAACCACAUGCAUUUUGGAUAUGAAACGUUGCAGGUCAAUCUGUUUGCUUCCGUUCUGUUACUUUGAUUGUGGAUUCACAGAUUUCCAAAGCCGAUAGCUUUAAAUGAUUGAUUCACCAGAUGUGGUGCAAUGUUUUGGAGGCUGAAAUUCAGGCAUUUCACUUUUCAGUAAGUACUAGUUUGUUUCCUAUUUUUAAUUUAUUGCUUUGCUUACAGAAUCCCUGUAUUAACUUUAUCUCCUUAUCCAAUCUUUAUCUCCUCAUCACUUGUGACCAACUCUUUGCUCCUUUUUGUACAAUGCUGUCCAUAGCAUCAUCAUCAAAUGCUUUUGUCCAAUGCUUCAACCUGACAGAGUGAUUUGUGCUCAACUUAUCCUUGAGGGCGCAGAAACGGUAAAUACAGAAGUGAACUUAGCAGGGAUCAAUAGGGCUGACAAUGAAAUUGAAAGAUUAGUGUAGGCCAGAUAUAGAAGCUGUGAAUACUUAAUCUGGGUGGUGAGGUAUUGAUUUCAUAAGUGGUUGAGUUAAGAAAAUUUACUUUGAAAUGAAGGAACCAUUUAAAAUGUGUCAUUGCUGUAAGCAGUCUCAUAUAUUGGCUGUGGAUUACCAAACAACGCUGUUUCAAUUAUUGAGUUAAUAACUUCAAAUUUAUUUGAAGUACUUAAUUGCAGUCCCAUCUGGUCUAAAUGUAGUUCAGAGCUGUAAUGACAAUACACAUCCAUAUUUAAUAUUUUCCUCAUGAGCUUUGAAAUACAAGUCUUUACCUCCCCACCCUCGAGAAAGUAAAGCCGAGAUCACUGAGGUCUUAGAUGAUACCUUACUAGAGUACUAUUGCAAAAAGUACUUGAAGAAAAACUUUUAAUUGAAAGAGGUGAGGGAAAAAAUUGUUUUCAAUUUAUCUUGUCCUUGUAUUGACAACUUUAAAUUGCUUUUGGGUAAUUUGUGCCUUUAGUUUUAACCUCUGUCAAAAUCAAAGUUUUAGUGUAAAUGUUACAAUAAACUGUUUUUCUCCAAAGCAGCCUGCAAAUUCCAAUUAAUCAAUAGACCAGUAUAAUUUUAGUUGUAGUUUCAAUUUGGGCACCACCAGCUGUUACAGUACAUUAUCCUCUUCAGGCGUACUGAUUUCACAAAAGGCUGACAAGUUGAAGUCUCCACAUGUGGCCUUGGGCCUGCAAUUGUCCUCCCAGUAUCCUUGUGUUUAUAAUGUGAAGAUGUAGGGUAAAAGCUAAAUAUUGAUCCAGUCCAUUUUUCCUUCGUUGACAGGAAGGUGGGACCUAUGUAAUCAUUAAUCCUUGUGCAAUAUGAUAGUUUUGUGCAAGGUUUCCUGGAGUUUUGGUUGAACUGUGUGGAGAGGUCUUUAAGUCCAUUGUCAAGCUUACAUAGAGGCACUGUGUCUAGCCAGAAGCACAGAACUUCAAAUCUCAAUGAUGUCCUGAGCAUUUUCUAACCAAAGUAGGUGUAUCAGCUUUUUAGAGUACAAAUGAUUCUUCAUAGCCCGAGAAGAUUUACAACAAAAAGUGGACUACUUUCAGGAGAAGGAAGAAAAUAACAAAUCAAGAGAGAACAGUCAAAUCUGAAGCACUGAAUUAGUGGAGGUAAAGUGGUAGGUCAAGAAUCACAAAAUGGUGAAAGAAUGAAGGAAGCGCUGGAAAUCCAAGUAAAUUUUCAGUUUUGAUUGAGGACACAAGUUAGGUGCCACAGUGACAGGGAGUUUAUUGGAAAAUUCAUGAGUGGGCUUUAAAUGGUUUAACCUUGUAGCUGCUGGUUAUGAUUUUAAUUUUAUUACUCACAUUUGCCAUAUAGAUACUUGGCAAAGCAUCUUGUCCUUUGAAAUUACAAUGUCUCUGUGCAGAUUUAAAAUUUAUACUUCAAUCAUUUGUUUGAUUAUCUGCUGAACAUGCUUUAGAAAUUGCUCAAUCAGUUUCAGUAGAGUGAUUUAUAAACUUUAUUGUAGAAUUUAAGUUUGUGUAAUUAAAUAAACAAAUAUAAUUGCA